AGGGGCAAAAAGGGUAGGAAAGAGAAAACUCUUUUAUAUUCUCUCCGACGCUUCUCUUUCACGCUUCAAUUUCUAGCUCCUUCAAUUUCUUUCAUCAUUUCUUCUGCUUUUUUUCUCUCUUAAAUAUCAGUUAGGGUUUAGUGCAAACCCUAAAUUGAUUGAAAUUGGGAAAAAAUGGUAGACUUCGCACGCGUUCAAAAAGAGCUACACGAAUGCAGCAGAGACGUAGAGUCAUCAGGAAUCAAAGUCACUCCAAAAUCCGAUAACAUCGCUCGCUUAACCGGCACCAUUCCCGGCCCAGUUGGUACUCCUUACGAAGGCGGAACUUUCCAAAUUGACAUCUCAUUGCCUGAUGGCUAUCCUUUUGAGCCUCCGAAAAUGCAGUUUGUGACAAAAGUCUGGCAUCCUAAUAUCAGUAGCCAAAGUGGGGCAAUUUGUCUGGACAUCUUGAAAGACCAAUGGAGCCCGGCAUUCACCCUAAAGACGGCUCUAGUUUCUAUCCAGGCAUUGCUUUCGGCUCCUCAACCUGAUGACCCUCAAGAUGCUGUAGUAGCUCAACAGUAUCUUAAAGACUAUCAGACUUUUGUUGGCACAGCCCGCUACUGGACGGAAAAUUUUGCCAAGAGCUCAUCUCUCGGAAUUGAGGAAAAGGUGCAGAAACUUGUCGAAAUGGGCUUCCCUGAAGCUUUGGUCAGGACUACACUAGAAGCUGUUGGCGGUGAUGAAAACUUGGCGCUUGAAAAGCUUUGCUCUGGAUAAGAAGAAAGGAUUAUACCAGAAGACACAAAAGUUCAUAUGAAAAUAGGGUUUCCUUCUAUAUCUCUUGAAUUUUUCUAUAUUUUGGCUGCCUUAUUAUUCUCUUGAAUAUCACCGCUAAUUUGGGAUCGCAUUAAUGGGUGGCAGCUUACACCAUAUAUGAAUGGAGUUGCUAAAGCUUGCGCUAUUAGUAGCUCAAAAAAUUGAAUGAAAAAAUUCUACUUUCUAA